CUGUAUAAAAUUACCUAUUUAGUUGUAACAUAGAAGUUCUUGAUUGUAUAUAAGUUUCCUCUUUCAACCUAUUUGGAGAUAUUAGUUUCAUGUACACUGGUACGAUUGAUGUCACUGGAACUAUAGUACAAUAUUUUCUUUAACAUUGUUCAAUAUGUCAAGUAGUGAAGAUGGGAUAAGUCAAAGUAGUAAAAAACGUAAACACAACAGCAACAGACGACGGAUACUCAGGUUUUUCAGGUUCCCAUACUGCAACACAAAAAGCCAAUAUAAGCAUGAUGAACUUGAAACAAAAGCAGGGGACUCAAGUACAGAAGCUAUUCCUUCUAACUUGAGCAUGUUUGGGGAUUUAGCCUCUUUAGGAAACUCAUCAAGAGGCGAUGCAGUUACAAUUGGCAGUGUGCCAAGUGAAAACGCAGUUCUAGGAGCAACUUGUGCAGUCUCAGAUUCCAAGAGUUUAGGAAAACAAGAUUCUACCUCUUCUGGAGAUCCUACAUUUAUAGAAUGUCCUUUGUGCCUCAAUCUACAGAGUGUUGAUAAUUUUCCUCGUUUGAUGACAUGUCCUCAUCGUUCGUGUAUCGACUGUCUUCGACAAUAUUUAAUGAUUGAGAUUACGGAAAGCAGGGUUAAUGUAACCUGCCCUGAAUGCCAAGAGAAAAUUCACCCUGUUGACAUGCAACUGAUUUUAAAAAAUUCUCCUCAACUCAUAGAAAAAUGGGAAGAGUUUACACUCCGUCGAUGUCUGUCGGUAGAUCCUGACUGUAGGUGGUGCCCAGCACCAGAUUGUGGAUUUGCCGUUAUAGCUCACGGAUGUGCAAGCUGCCCAAAAAUCCACUGUGAUAGGCCGGGAUGUAACACUGACUUCUGUUAUCACUGCAGACAGGAAUGGCAUCCUGAUCAAACGUGUGAUUCUGCACACCUGCAGCGUACGAAACAGUUACGUCUUCGAAGUAAUUCCACGGCAUAUAGUCAAGGUCCUGCUGCAAAUGAUCAAAUAAAACCCUGCCCAAAAUGUGGAGCGUUAAUUGCCAAAAUGAAUGAUGGUUCCUGUAAUCAUAUGACAUGUACCGUUUGUGAAGCUGAAUUCUGUUGGUUAUGUCUACAAGAAAUUACAGAUCUUCACUAUUUGAGUCCCUCCGGAUGCACUUUUUGGGGCAAAAAACCUUGGAGCAGAAAAAAGAAAAUUUUAUGGCAACUUGGACUUCUCAUCGGAGCUCCCCUUGGAAUUGGUCUCGUUGCAGGUGUUGCCGUACCAGCAAUUGUUAUUGGACUCCCAAUAUGGGUUGCCAGACGCGUGAUGGCACAAUUUGCCAACCGCUCAGAAUCUAAACACAAGCGAAAUUCUGCAGUUGCUGCAUGUGUUAUGUUGUCUAUUGUUGUUUCUCCUCUUCUUGCAGCUUUAGCUGUUGGAAUUGGCGUUCCAAUAAUGUUGUUAUAUGUCUACGGUGUUGUGCCUUUUUCACUCUGUCGCACUGGAAGCUAUGGUUUAGCUGCUCGUAAUGCAGCUGGUAGAGCAAGGACAGCAAUGAGGAUCGAACUCGGAUCACCAGUGGUUCCAACAGCAAGUGGUGGUCAAGCGAGUUAUGAUACGUCAAGUCUACCUGGUCCAACUAUUGUCACAGGAAUUCGACAGACAAUCACAAAUCCAAGUAUCGGGGAAGCAAGUGUCGGUGGAUUAACCAUGGCAAGUUUAACUGAAUCUCAUGUCAGUGCUGCUGACCGUAUUGAUGGUGACGGUGCCAGUACGACCGCCAUUGCAGGUGCAAGUAUUACCGGCAGUAUCACAGGAAGUAUGGCAGCAACUACAGUUGAUGCUGCCAAUAAUAAAUUGAAGGAAAAUGAAAAUACAAGUUCAGGUCCAAAUUCAGCUGUAACAUCCGUCCAGAUUCAUAUGCAAGACAAUGUGUCAGUGCACAGUACAUCAAGCUAUGCACCAUCAACUGGUAGUACAAUUAGUAAAUCUUAUUCAUCAAAAUCACUUGGUGCUAAAAGGAAAUCUAAAGGAAAAGGUAAAAUGACAAAAAUAUCAGGUAAAUCGUCAAUGCCAAGAAAAAUAUCUGAACAAGAGGAAACAAAAACUUCAAUGACAUCUUCUUCUGUCACUUUUAUAAAACCAGUUCAAACUUCUAGUACAGAUUCAUCCCCCGAUUCCAACAGUGCCAAUUUAACUUUGGCAGCAGAAUUAAAAAGAAAACCAGUUAUUGUCGAAAUUGAAAAGUCUGAAAACAGCAGUGUUCUUAAGGUUCAUACAGAAGAUUCUGCGAGUACAAGCAGUGUUGCUAGUAGUUGUGGAAGUCAGAAUGCAUUACUUGACCAACCUACGUCAACAACACAAGCUAAAACAUCUUCUAAUGCUGCAGCUGUAGUAAAACGUGAUUCUAUAACAAUAACAGAUGAGUCUAGUGGGAGUAAAAGGACACGAAAAAACAAUAAGCAAAGCAACAAGUGAUCGACUGAAAUUCAAUUCAUAUGAGAUAGACUGAUCCUGUGCAGUAAUCCACUCCUAAAUUUAGUAUAUCAAUUUUUAAUCCGCUGUGGAGUUUUGAUAUGAUAACAGGGAUAUCCUGUCAUUUGCUAAAUUAUUAUUUUUAUCAUUAUAAUAAUUUGUUGCUCUUGAUUUUUCAAAGUAAAUUUUCUUCAUUAAUUAUCUAGCUUCCUUUUUUGCAUCAUUGUGCAUUAGCUUUUUUGUCGCGUCUUACGUUUGCAUUUUCCUUUUGCGUUUUUUUUUUGUUCUAUUUUUGACCAAACUCUUUCUAGCAAUGCUUGCGAUAUAUAUUAUAUCUCUGGUAUUCAAUAUGUUGGACACUAAGAUUGCUCAACGUAUUCAACAUUUCGACGUAUAUUGAUUUCGACGCACAAUUUUUAUUGCUGUAACUGUUAUGGGCCACACACUAUCGCUGCUGUCUGAUCUUGAUAUGUUUUUUCGCUCAUUCUAAAUUUCAAGGCAAAUUUUUGUUCGAUUUUGCUCCACUUUGUGAUGGCUUGUCAUAAAUUCAUUUAUCCCGAAUUCUUUUUGAAUUCUUUAUCAAUUCUUUCUAAGUUAAUGUUUGUUAAUUUUUUCUGGUUAAAGAUAUUACUGGUUAUAUUGGGAAAAAUAUAAGUUUCUGCAAGUCA